AAAUUACACAGGGCAUGUUUGAGACAUGUAGGACAAAGCAAAUCAAUGGGCGAAGUACAGUUAGGAAAUGACGUCGGGCUGUCAUAUGGCAAUGAGUCACUUGUGCUCGAACAAAACUUAGUUUCAUUUCUUCUGAACUGUCAGCCAUCUGCAAGCUACUCUGACAGGAAGGUACAUAUCAGACUCUUCCACUGUGACUACAUUUUGCAACUUGAGAGAUGUCUUCCACUAAGACAGAAGACAGUGGCCAUGCCAGAAGCUCCGCCCCACCUAAAACCCUUAAAGUGCAGAAGGUCAACAACAAGACUGUCACAACAUUGCCUAAAACUACAGGCUCGGGGAAUUUUCCCCAGAGGCCCAAGUCAGCCCCUGCGAAAACCUAUGAACCACACAGUGGAAAAACAGCUCCAAAGGACUCCAAUAGAAGAGUGUUUACCCAGCCUGCUGGAAAAUAUACCCCAAAAGCUCAUUUCUCCCAGACAUCAGGAAAUAGAGGUGCAGCUACAAGGGCAGCCCAACCCUUAACAAAGAGCGCUGGAAACAGCGGGGACGCUAAAGAGUCUUGUCCCAAGCCUGAGGCUGUGCCCCUGGGCCUGGAUGUCAAAGUGGAUGGGCCCACUGUCCAAGCUGUGGAAGUCCAUACGCGAGGCCAGAGUGAGAACCCAAACUGGUUCUCCUGGCGUCAAAACCGCAUAACUGCCUCCACCGCUCACCGCAUCUCCCACAGCCGCUUCGUCAGUGGCCAGAGCAGGACUCCCCCGGAGUCCUACGUGACGGCCAUUUUAGGAGAGGGCCGAAAUGUCAGGACGCGGGCUAUGACCUGGGGCAUCGAGCGCGAGGCCCAGGCAGCGCAGAUCUACCAGAGGCUGAAGAGCAAGGUACUGGGCCGCGCCGUGAAGGUGCAGGAGUGCGGCCUCUUCAUCGACCCACAGCGAGCCUGGCUGGCGGCGAGCCCCGACGGCAUCGUGGAGGACAAGCAGACAGGGGAGCGUCUCCUCUGCCUGGAGGUCAAGUGUCCCUACAAGCACAGGGAGAACACCGUGAGAGAGGCCUGCCUCCAGGAUUCGGCCUUCUGUCUGGAGCUGGCUGACGAGGAGGACCAGCAGUACCGACUCAAAACCAAGCACAGCUACUACACCCAGGUGCAAUGCCAGAUGGCGGUGACGGGCAUCCACAAGGCCGACCUGGUGGUGUUCACCCUGCGUGAGACCGCAGUUGUCCCUGUGACCUUUGACCCGGAGUUCUGGGAUGACACCGUGGCAAAGCUGGAGAAGUUCUACAGAGAGGGGGUCCUUCCACGCCUGAGAGAGAAAGGCCAUGUCAUACCAACAGCAUUGCCCGAGGAAUGAAGCCAUCUGCUGCAUGGUUUUUUUUUGCAUGAAAACUCACAAAGCCUGCAGUUCAGUAUACAGGAUAUGGAGUGGAUGACUGACUGACUAAGCUGGCAGUAGCUGCUGUGAAGCCUGCUGUGCUCAAUCUAGAAUAGGUUAAUGGUGGCACUGGCUGCUGUGCAACUGUAACAAUGAUAAGCCUCUAACAAUGGUGGAGGUAUGUGUGUGUGUGAUCAAUGUGUUAUGUUCCAGUGAGUGACCUCAUACUGGAAAUAAUGAAAACCUUAAUGCUUAUGUUGUUGGUGGUACUUUUUGUAAUGCCUCAACUGACAUUGUGUCAUGAUCACAAAAAUAGAUUUAGUGAUAAAGAUAAAAAGACUUUCCAAGGCAGUCAGGAGACUCCUGACGACACUGGACUUCUUGCCUACAGUCUUCGAUUUGCACUGCAGAUAAGUGGGGAACUGGUCGUCUCCUACAGUGGCAAAAGCUGUAGUGUAAAUGGGAGAAGUCUGACAGAAGUUAGUUGGAGCUGCUUUCACUGACAGCAGAUGUAAUUGGUACAUCUGUGGUAUUUCUGAUGCUUCUACAGACCUUGUGCCUUCAAGAGGUUGUUGUGUUAGAAUCCAGAGGCUGGUCAGACUGCACGGAACGCACUUUAACAACGCAAAGGGCUACAUUCUAAGGGAGUUCAGUUCCAUGUUGCUGGGAAUAUGUUUGACCUGUAAAAAAGUGCUGUCAAAGCCUAGAACAUUUUUGUGUGAAUAAAAAAAAUCUUAUGUUAAA